GCUGAUUCUAAACUGUCCAUUCUGCUGCACGUGCCAUACCUCUAGUGCUUAGUUGGUGUUUUUACAAGAAUAGUAAACAAAUGCCUCCAAAAAAUUCAAAUAAGAAAUCUCCUGCUAAUACAGCAUCUUGGUAUCAUUGCGAGUUGUGCAAUGUUGAUAUUACAUUAAAAGAACGGGAAAUGCACGAAAAGCAUUGCCCUAUUACCGCGAAUACUACCGAGCCGCUGGAAUAUAUUCAUAACAAUUGCCUUUAUACAGUUGGCGUGGAAAAGCGUAGCUUUAGUAUAGAAGAGUUAAAUGAUGUGUCGGCAAAAUAUGUUAACAAUUUAGUAUUUAUUUCGGAAGGCGCUAUAAGGUUAACGCAUUUACAUAUCGGUCAGAGGGUUCUGAUACAGACUGGGAAAGGACGCGACACGGAAACGCUAGUGAGAUUAGUUUGGCCCAUACCUGACAGAUUUGUAACGACGAUCUUUGUAAGCGAGGAAGAUUAUAAAUUGUAUUGGGACGAUUUUAAAGGGAAAGCACUUAAAAUAUCGGCGUUACCUGACGGACGGACAGCAGUGGCAAAAUCAGUUUACCUUCGUCUAACAACUUCAAGCGAAAAUACAGAGCUUGUUGAUGCACAGCUAAAAGAUGUGGAGCGGAUGUUAACGCUGGAAUUGAAAAAUUUGAUAUUUACAAAAGGCAGUCGUAUAUUUAUGGACUUCUUUAACAAGGAUCUUACUUUGCAAGUUAUUUCAUGGAAUUGUUUUGAAAACAAAUCGGUCGCCGCCGAAGAUGAAAAGGCAUUAGAAGAAAAAUUUGAAAACUUAAAAUUGGAGUGUGAUGUUGAAUUAAAAUUUUUCGAAAUAAGUGGAGCAACGCGAAUUGAAAUUGAACGACCCAAGUUUGAUAAAGUGGAAGAAAGUAAUGCGAAUGCUAACGUAGUGACUAAAAUGGAUAUUGGCGGGCUGGAACAACAAAUUAAAAUAAUUGAAGAAGCCGUAGAUAUGGCUUUUGGGCUAAAAUCUGUGCCAGCAGGUGUGAAAAUUUCGCGUGCUUUUCUAUUGCAUGGUCCUACGGGUUGCGGCAAGAGCUUACUUUGCGAAGCCAUGUGCUCAACCAUGAAAGAGAAGACUGAUAACUUAUCCAAAGUACAUCUCAUUCGAAUUAACACCAGCGAACUAUUCAGUAAAUUCCUCGGCGAAACAGAGAAAAACUUAAUGGCGCAUUUUGAAAAGGCAUACUUAAACUAUCCGAGACCCACACUCAUCAUCAUUGAGGACGUUCACAAUCUUUGUCCGAAGUAUGAGACUAAUGAAAUGACCAAACGUGUGGGGGCCGCUUUCUUAAGCACUUUGGAUUCACUGAACAGUCGAAGGAAAGAGACGCAACGCACUUUUUUACUAGCUACCACAUCUCAAAUCGAAGCGCUCAAUCCAAAUGCACGUCGCUGCGGUCGUUUGGAUAGUGAAAUUGAAAUCAGUGCACCGACACCUAAACAACGCGCUGAUAUUCUUUGCUGUCUCCUCCGCAGCAUUACGCAUAUACUCUCACAUGCCGACAUUGUUGAUGUGGCUCAGGUACUGCAUGGUUAUGUCGGCGCUGAUUUGGCUAAUCUGGUAUAUGCAGCAUCGUUACGCGCACUCAAAGAUGAUAUGCGACCAUUGAAUUUACAGGACUUGCAUGCUUCACUGACACAUAUAAAACCUUCGGCAAUGCGCGAAGUACUUAUAGAGAACCCAAAUGUACAUUGGAGUGAUAUAGGAGGUCAGGCAGACUUAAAACUAAAGCUCAAGCAGGCUAUAGAAUGGCCUCUGCUGCAUCCAGAGAAGUUUGAGCGGCUGGGUUUGAAACCGCCACGUGGUAUUUUGAUGUUUGGUCCACCAGGCUGUUCGAAAACUAUGAUUGCUAAGGCUCUUGCUACCGAAAGUCAACUGAAUUUUCUUUCCAUAAAAGGUCCGGAGCUGUUCUCGAUGUGGGUAGGAGAAUCCGAGCGGGCUGUGCGUGAAGUCUUCCGCAAAGCGCGUCAGGUAGCACCAGCUAUUGUGUUUUUCGAUGAAAUCGAUGCCAUCGGCGGAGAGCGAACCGAAAGCGGCUCCGGCAGUUCGGGAACAUCCGUUAAAGAGCGUGUACUUACGCAAUUGCUCACCGAAAUGGACGGAGUAGAGGCUUUAGAAAAUGUCACCAUUGUAGCGGCAACCAAUCGUCCAGAUAUGAUUGACAAAGCGCUUUUGCGGCCGGGCCGUUUCGAUCGUAUUGUUUAUGUUGGAUUACCCGAUGCCGAAGCGCGUCAAGAAAUUUUCCGCAUAAAAUUAUUGCCAAUGCCCUUAGCCCCCGAUGUGGAUGUAAAAAUGCUUGUGCUACGCACAGAAGGAUAUUCAGGUGCUGAAAUACAGGCCGUUUGCCAAGAAGCCGCGUUGAAAUGUUUAGAGGAGAGUUUCGAUGCUGAGCGUGUAAGUUGGGUGCACUUUCAAUACGCGUUGAAUGCCGUACAACCUCGCACUAAUCCCGAACUCUUGGCACUGUACGAUGAGUAUAUUAAGCAAAGAUAA